AUAGAAGACGUCACGCCAGACAACAUCAGGAAGUCGACCACUACUUCUCAAUCAUCAGUGACGUUCUCUCGGUGUCUUUAAAAAUUUAUGUCUCCCUGGCUUGACCAGGCAUUGCAGAAACCUGGACCCUCACUGUCGAUGGGAAGCUGUCUGACGACUUUUCCCUUCCAUGUAGAGGAAGUCAAAAGGUAGAUGGCAGCUUUUGCUGAGCAGCACAGGGCCUCAGGAUGGUGCUGAUCACCUCAGGUCCACCUGGAGUCUAGCACCAUCCGCUUCCUGGAUAGGGUAGCCUAGUGGUUAGAGCGUUGGACUAGUAACCGCAAGGUUGCAAACCCCUGAGCUGACAUGGUACAAAUCUGUCGUUCUGCCCCUGAACAGGCAGUUAACCCACUUUUCCUAGGCCGUCAUUGAAAAUAAGAAUUUGUUCUUAACUGACUUGCCUAGUUAAAUAAAAGGUCAAUUUAAAAAACUUCAGCCGUGGCCAACACGGAGCCUCUUCGGCAGAGUACUUACUAGAGUCCGGCUACGCUGUGAUCUUCCUGCACAGACACCGCUCCUUCACUCUGGGAUUAAUCUGCUGGACAGCUGCACUUCCCAACAUUGGCAAAGUCCUGAUGCGUUACCGGGCGGUAAAAGAGGCACAGCUUUUUCUGCCUGUGGAGUUCAGCACCCUGUCUGAGUACCUGCACCACCUCAAAGCUGCAGCACAGGCACUCAGACCCAUAGGGUCCAAGGCCAUGUUCUAUUUGGCUGCAGCAGUGUCAGAUUUUUACAUUCAAGCAUCAGAAAUGCCAGAGCACAAAAUCCAGUCCUCCAAUGGACCACUUCAGAUCAGUAUGAAGAUGGUCCCCAAGAUGUUGUCGCCGCUGAUGGACUGGGCUCCACAGGCAUUUGGGAUUUCCUUCAAGCUGGAGAUGGACCCGUCCAUCCUGCUGGACAGAGCUCGGCGGGCACUGGAACAGGCUGUGGUGGCCAGCGUACUGGACACCAGACGAGGUUAUGUAGUGGUGGUGACCCCUUACACUCAGGCCGAGCUAGUACUUAAGGAUGAGGAAGCAAGCAGAGAUGUGGAGAUCGAGGACAGUAUUGUCAGUAACCUGACCAGAGCUCACGGCCAAAUCAUAACCCAACAAGACUGAGACCCCAGAGGUGUUUUCAUUAGUUGCAAUGGAAACUUCACUCCAAACAGAAAACGUUAUGCAACAAAAACAAGUUACAACUGGACAAAUUCAUGGACGUACCUCCCCGUUUGAUAUGUUUGCUUCCUAGAGUAAGAUCGCUUCUCACAGAAUCUGACUAAUGAAUACACUCCAGUAAACUGUGCUGCUUACUGGGAGGGCUGGCUUUGGUGGUCCGAUGAAACACACUAAAGUGUCGUACAAGUCCCUGGGGCAGGGCACUAGCUCUACUGUCUUCUGAAAUCUUAAUUCAUGCUUGUCUAGUUUGGAUCUUUAUUUUAUCUUGCAGGGCUUCCACCGUCCGAGAUCAGACAUCCAUGUGCAUAUGUAGGUUUCAGUACACACUGCCUUUAAAAUCAAACAUUUACAUCAUCACAGCAAAACAAUCCUUGAUCACCUUAACUUUAAGUAUCAUACCAUCUUAUGUCACAAGGCAGAUUACAAAAAUAUUGGUUGUGGAAUGAUAAUGCCAACCAAUGAAUUGACUUCACCUCAUAGCAGUUUGUCAGAGUAAUAUCACAGACAGAGUACAUCAGUAAAGUAACAGACUCGGAACAUUAAACCUUAACCGUAUGUUGGUAUUUUAUGUGCUGGACAAAUCAACUCCACAGAGGGAACUGGCAACAGUCUUCCUUGAAGGCAUGACACCCCAUACAGCUAGCUAUCAGUGAUUGUGUAAUUUACUUGCAAAUGUGUGGAAACGGUUUGGUUGGUUAUUUGAGUUUGAUACUAAGUCCAGCACGAAUAGCAGACAGCUCUCCACUGUAUCUUGUCUUCAUGAACCUGGAAUACAUUCAAGAUUUUAAUGUAGGUUUUUUUCAAAAAUACACUUGGAAUUCAAUUUGAUCCAUAAUUGACACUAGUUAAAUUAUACAAGUUGUCAAUUUUGCUAUCAAAUACUGUAUAUCAUAUCAGCAUACACACUACAAAGCAGGAUCAAUGAGUUAGCCAGAUAACUUGCCUCAAUAUUCUGAACUAAUAAAUAACUAAGCUUGCAAUGGGCUAUGGUCUAAUUAACUCAACCUAAGUUUAUUUUUCUAAAUGAUUCAGAAAAUCAACAGUUAUUUCUGGUUGUUAAUCAAAGUAAGCUGGCUAACUCAUUGGUUCUGCUUUGUAGUAUACCCCUCAGAGGUCCUGAAAGAUGUGCCUGCAGGAGGUGGAAGUAAUGCCUGCAAAACACUUAUCAUACAUUGGAUUUGUAUACAUUUUAUACACUGCAACUUCAAGUUUCAAAUGUAGUCUACAAACUUGUCCCUUUAUGCGGAUCUUGGCUCGUCUGAAAUUCUCUCUGUUUGACUCUGGGAUUGCGGUCAGUCUUCCUCUUCGGUGUAAACCCUUUGUUCUUGGCCAAUAGCGGAAAGGAUCGAGCAGCAUGUACAAAUUAGACAAAAGGUUUAAACCGGGAAGGGAAUACUCUAACAUAUAAAGUACUAGAAUAAUCUGAUGAAGGUCAUGAUUUGAAGUACUGGGUGAAAAUGUUCUCUUAAUAUUGUGCUUUGUACAAUGAGUAUGGAAACAAGAGACAUGGUAACAAGUAAAUAUUGUACAUGAAG